AUGUCAUAAAUUUAAUAUAAAGAUAAUACAAAAUCACAAAUUUAGUAAAAAAAUGAAUCAUAAAUUUCUAUAUCAGAACAAAAACAACUUAAAAACGACAAAAAUAAAAAGCCUUGUUUUAGUUUUAUGUAAUGAUUAUAUAUAAUAUCUAGAUAUGGAUAAUAAGGAGAGGAUUCAUAAUUAAUAUCCUUUUCAUUAACUUCAAUUGAACAAUUAGUUUUAAAUAAGAUUGAAGAUCUUGCUAAAAUAAUUGCUUAAGUAUUAGCAAUAGAAACAUUUAAAAAAUAUCAUAAUCAAAUAAAAGGCUUGAGUUUAUAUAUAUUAUAAAAUUAAAUAUCAGAGCAAAGAAGAGAUUUUAAUAUUUUAGAAGAGGAUUGUUUAAAAAAUGGAAAUUAACAACAAUUAUUAUUAGCUAAAGAGGAGUUCAAAAAGUAUUUAAAGAUUCUUGAAGAUUUUCUUUAGAAUUAAGAAUACAAAUUAUUAUUUUAAAAUAUUCUACAACCUCAACCUUCAUAAUCAACAAUCCUUUUUGAGCCAGAAAAAAGGUAUUUAGAUGCACUUGACAAUUAUCACUAUUAAUCAACUAUUAAUUUUCAUCACUCUUUGAAAAAUGAUAAAACUGGAUAAGAUUUAUUUUAGAAAUUAUAAACUUAUUAAAUUGAAUUAAAAAAAUUUCUAUAUUUUGAUCUUAUUGAACAAGGUAUCAAACAUCUUGAUUGCCUAUUAAAUUUUAUAUUGAUUCUAAAAACUUAAAAUAAUCAUUAUGCUCUUUAAUUAUUAAAUGAUUUUAUUCAAUAAUUAAGAACUUAUGAUGACAAAAAUAAAUUAAUUGAUGAAAUUGAAUUAAUAAUUGAAGUAUUUCUAGAAUUAUCAGAAUAUUUCCAAGAACUUUUAAAUUGUAUUAAAAAUGAUAAACUUACUUUUAAUGGAAAAAUAGAACUUAAUAAUUAAUAAUUUGAAAUCAUUAUGUUGAUUUAAGAUAGCAUUAUUCAUCGCAAAAGAGCAUUAAAUAUUUAAUUAUCUGAGCCAACUAAAUAUGUUAUGCAAUAAUUAAAAUGGAUAUAUAAAGUUGGUUAAUUUGAAACAAUAAUAAAAUAAUUUAAAGAUUUGUAGAAAUAUAUCAUUCAAAAUUUUAAUACAUAAUUAAUCUUUGAAUUAGAAUUCAUUAAAGAAUUAUUUAUUUCAACUAAAUUAAGAUUACUAAUGGAAAUGAUUCUUUUAAUGAAUGUCUUGCAACAUAAUGAUAUUAAUUUACAAUAUUUUAAUUUCUAAAUUUUAUUGUAUCAUGAUUAAGAGAUAAUUAAUGAUUGUGCAUAAUAGAAUGAAGGUAAUUUUUAAAAUGAUAUUCAUGAACCUUCAGGUUCUAUAAAUUUAAUGAAUAUGCAAUAAGCUUUACUUCUUUUUUCUAAUAUUUGUUAAUAAACUGCUAUUUAUGAAAUAGAUCCAAAGAAAAAAAUGUCUAACGAUUUUUUAGAGUAACAAUAUAUUUAUUAAAUUAGAGAAUUGAAUAUAAAGCUCAAGGAAUCAAUAUAAACUCUUGUAAGAGAAGUUCACUCAGGUCAUACAAUUAUCAAGUUAUCAAUUUUACUUAAUUCAAUUUUUUUAUUCUAAAAGUUAAACAUAAAGAUUUUUGCUAUUUUAUACCCUUAUUUUUUGGAACUUCAAACUCUAGGAAAUUAAGAACUCAAAAAAAAAUAAAUUUUAGAUAUUCCACAUCAAGUUCCAAACUUAUAUUAAUUAUUAAUUGCAUUCUAGUAGGAAGGUAAUAAAUAAAUUUAAUUCAAAAAUAAAGUUAAUGAAUUUGCAGAGAAUUUCUUUGAUGAUUAAAAAACAGAUUUUAUUGAUUUGAUAAAAGAAUUAGAAUAAUUUGAUUCUAAAAAAAAGUAGAAUUUAUUAUAGAAUUCAAAACAAUAUUAUGCUAAAUGUUUUAAAGAACAUUUGUUAAAUUUAGCAAAAAUUGGAACAAAAUCAUAUGAAGAAGCAACAUAAUUUUUAAUUUCAUAAGUAGAUCCAUGA